AUGGACUCUUUCAACGAUUAUAACCAAACGCCUCGACCGGUUCGCAAGAAGUUUGCCAAACCCCCAGUUAAGGUUGCUUGUUUACCUUGUCGGGCUUCGAGAACACGAUGUGGCGGUCAAAUGCCAUGUUCCAACUGUGUGAACAAAGACAAAGAAUGUUCUUAUUUACCCAGCAAGAGAGGCGGUCCUCGAAAGAAGAAGGAGAAAUCUUCCUUAUCACCCGAAAGGGAACAGACAGAUGAUCCUUAUGCCGCUGUACCCUCCCCGGAAUUCGAAGAACAACCGGGGAUGUUCCAUCAAAUUGACGAACUCUCCCUACCUGGCGCGGGGCUGCGGCAUCUAGAUUUCCAAUCCGAAAUGCCCAUAUUCCAGGGCUUUUUCACUGGCGACGGAAACGAGUCGCACAUGCAGGUACCCCCAAUACCGCCAUCACUAAACAGCACCCAGUCUUUCGUCCGGACCUACGGAAGCGAAGCAGAAAUACUGAACGCCUAUUAUGACUUUAUUCACAAUUAUUUCCCCAUUCUGCCGCCACGAGCAUCACCACCAUGCCGGGAUCGCCCGUUAAACUGCCCAGUUCCAUGCUCCGAUUCAUCUGAGCCCAUGAUGAUGUACCGCCCCCGUUCGCCACUCAGUCUGGCCAUCUCCGCUGUUCUGGCUUUGAUCCCGCAUCCGAGUGAUCUCGACCCUGCCUCUGCGGCGUCCAUUUUGCAGCGCAGAACCUACGCCCAUAGCUUUGCGCAACUCGCCAAUUCGACUAUCGAGGCGGAGUGUGAUCUCGAUCUGUCGUCUACCGAUCCUGGUCAGGCGUUGUCUGCGACGCGGCCUUUUGUUGGAAGGGAGCGGUUCCACUCGCAGACGCCGGUGGAUUAUGAGAGUUUGUUGGCUUUAUUGGUGCUCUCGGUUUAUGAGUAUUCUCAGCGCGGCAAUCUGCUCAAGAUGCGGUAUCGCGCUGGUCAGGCACUGGCUAUUGCUUUGGAUAAGUCGCUGCAUGCUCAGGUGGUAAAUGAUGAGUUCGCAGAGGCUAGACGGAGAGCCUGGUGGAUGACGUAUUACUGUGUGAUUCAAGGGUCAAUUGUGAGCACGACAAUGCCCGCUAUUGUCAUUAAUGAUCCUCAGUUUACGACUCCAUAUCCGUCAUUUGCUUCAGACACCGAGGGUUGGUCCAUUUUGAUACAGGCCCAACAAGUACUCGUAUCAGCAACCCAGUUCAUAGGAGAUCUGAACAAAUGCCUUGCAUCUCAAUCCGGGAUGUACUAUAUGUUCGAAAGAAUGCAGCAACUCGAUUCAUGGACCAGCUCUGUGCUUGCCCAGGUGGAACUACUCCCCCUGGUGCCCCAGUCCUCAGACUUUGGAGAUCACAAUGAAUCCAUCACAGCCCAAACCAUUCGGUCAAUCGCCCGAAUCAAACUAUCCAGUGCCCAAAUAAAAACGCACCGCUUCCGCGCCUUCUCCGACAUCCCAAUCUUCCUAAAAAGACAUUGCGACUUAACCGCUGCAAACCAAAACAACCCCAACUCCCCACUCCCCAAACCCCCCGGCAUCCAUAACAUCUCCUGCACCUGCAGCAACCUCGACACCUUCCAACGAGCCGCCUCAUCCGAAUACAUGACGCCCUCUGACUCCUCCACCUCCUCCGACAUCCACCCCGACAUGACCCACUACGCACCGCAGUACACGCAAUACCCCUUCGCCUCCGGCUUCCCCUACAGCACGCAGCAGUCCGCAAAAAUCUGCCUGGAAGCCGCUCUCGUCAUCUCCCGCAUGUUCCACAGCCUGCCUGUCCCGCAGCCUCUCUCCGACGCCCGCCAACGACGCCAACCUCUGCCGCGAACUAUGCCCUCCUUCGCCUGCUGUCUCAUGCAGAGCAGCUACGCCAUGUUCAUGAUCUACUACAAGGCGCGCGUGGCGAAGCAGCUUUCUCCUGACGCGGGGAACGAGCGUGGCGGUGACUCCACCGGCCAGCUUAUCGAGGAGCUGAGGCAGGGACUGGAGAGGAUUAUUGCCGCUGUGUCGAAUUACUCACUUGCGUUUGAGGCUUUGGAUGGGAUGAGAGACGAAAUCGAGGGUGCAUAUAAAACGGCGUUUCCCAUGGCACCUCCCGUCUAG